UUUUUUUUUUUGGAAUGAUUGAGUUGAGUUCAAAUAUUUAAGACAAUUUGUUUCAAUUUGUUGCCUAAAUACAGUUUUUCCAUCCAAAUGCAAAAAUAUCAUAUUUCUUAACCGGUCUCAUUUUCCCGAAAAGAAUAGUCGAUGGUCGAGGCCUAUGCUAAUUGAAUAAUUGAAAAAAAAGGGGUUUCACUUUGCUAAUGUCAAAAUCUGGAUAUUCUUUCUGUUUCCGGUGUGUUGAUACUGAAGCUUUUAUUAUGAUGGCUGGUUACUGGUUACUGACUUCGCUGACUUGCCUUCAAGCUCCUGAUGUUGUGCAAAUGGCCAUGGUCCUUUGCGAAUUGUCUUAGUCUUACAGCUAUGACCAUGGUUAUUGUCACGGAAAGAAUAAGCAUGAAUACUAGAUUCACAAACGGUUGGGAAGCAAAUACUUGCUUUUGUUGAACCGAAGUCCUAAGAAGUUCACGACAGUGACAGAGGUUCGGUUGGCGGAGUAACGAGUUGGAAAUGGCAGAUAGUUUUCCUUCCAUCAGUGCUGACCAGUUGACCAAGGCUGUGAGCAUUGCUGCUGCUGGCACAUUAUGUGACCUUGAAAAUUCAGAGGAUGGAUGGAACUCGGAAUCUGUCAAGGUACUGCCUGUUCAAAACAUGCCUGAAGAUGGUCAAGAGGACACUUCUUGUCUAAAAUUACUGGAGUCACUGUCCUCUUCGCUGUCUUCAUCUCUCUCCCCGGGUCUGCAAAAGCUGAAUGAGCUAAGCGCAGGGGGAACAUCUAUCAUACCCCCACUGGAGCCUCAAGCUAAUGGAACAGUUGUCACCAGCAGCGUCACCGGUAGAGCCAAUUACAAUCUGAACAAAAAGAAAAAACCAGGAGCUGGUGCAAAACCUGCUCCCAAAAAGUUUUGUAGUAGAAAGAAUUAUAAGCUGCAGCCUCCAUUGCUUCCUUCUCAGAUCAGAGCCAUGGUGAGGAAGUCCCCUCCAGAUGUAGAGGUUCAGCAGUUGGUCACACCAGACAAAAGGAGUGAAAGCAAACCUGUGCUGUUGCCCCACACUGGACAUGCACCUGGAUAUGUGUUAGUUAAUACUACUAUCCCUCCACAAGCUUUAUCUCAGCCAGAGAACAGACCGUACAUACAGCUUAGCCCCCAGUUAAAGACAACUGAUGCAUCCUCCAUGGAGACUGGAGUCUCUAAUGGUGCAAUACAGGGAAGCCUCAAAUCUGCUGUCGAUAGGGAGGCUUCAUCUGUGACUCAUCAAAAUACCAGGGCGUCUUCCCAGAUAACAAUGUCUGCUGUGCCUAAUGAAACUGUCCCCUCUGUCUUAAUUUCCCAGUCAGUGGCCCGCAUUUCUGACCCAAGCACUGAUGGUCCCAAGCCAUGCUCAAGUAAUGUUCACUCGAAUUUAAGAACCAUGGUUUAUUCCCCUUUUGCUGUGAGGCCUGCAGGUCAGCCACAUAAUAUAGGGGUGCAAAGUGUGCCAGGCAGUGUUAGGGUCCCUGGCAUGAAGAACAACGUUCCUGGACACCUCCUACCUCUCCCCGUGGCAGUGGUAGUUGCCCCAAAUGCCCAAUCUGCUAAUGGUGAGGGCACAACAGGGACAUCGGGACGGGAACAACCAUGUCAAGCUGUAGUCGCCAUUGUAGACAGAAGCAUUGAUCCCCAUAGUAACUAUGUUACUGAGAAAGGUAAUAAGACUGUAACCGUCAUUCCUAAAGCUCGACCUUUGCUUCUUCCUAAAUUACCUAAUUCUUUUCCGCAAGGAGAUGCAUUGUUACAGAAUUUGACUCAAGCCCCUUAUCAUUUUAAUGGCACCAGCUUUAUUCCUGACCCUGCCCUUCCUGCUAUGACCAACCCAGCCCAGGACUCCAAAACGCAGACUCCCACUUCAGGGAAUAGCCCAUUGAUGCCUCCACCUAACCCUAGCAGAGUUUCCCUGAAUUCAGGGAAUAUCCAACCAGCUCCCUCAGCAACUCCUUGUGUAGUUUCUUUAAAUUCAGGGAAUACCCCUUUAGCACCUCCAACUAGUCCUUGUAUUGUCUCGUUAAAUUCGGGGAAUUCCCCUUUACCACCCCCAGCUAGUCCUUGUAUUGUCUCAUUAAAUUCAGGGAAUUCCCCUUUAGCACCCCCAGCUAGUCCCUGUAUAGUUUUCUUGACUUCACAAAAUUCCCCUUCUGCACCUCCUGCUAGUCCUUGUGUAGUUUCCCUUGAUUUAGGGAAUUCCCCAAAUGCACCCCCAGCAGGGAAUACUCCUUUCACAACCCCAAAUGGACCUUGUAUUGUUGCCGUAAGUUCAGGGAGUUCUCCAAUAGUUCCUUCGGCUUCUCCUUUUGUAGUUUCUUUUCCUUUAACUGUUGAUACUCAAAACACACCACCAUCAAAUGCUAUUGCUUCCUGUCCAUCACAAAGCACAUGUAACGUGACCGCGUCCCCCAGUGCAGCAUUAUCAUUUCCUAACUAUACAACACCCUUACCCCUGAAUGGGAGAAGUCGGUCAGAAGGGACCACAUCAGUGCAUGUUGCUGGUUCUGUUUUCAACAGUCGUCAGCCCAUGCUUCAAGGACAUGCUUCACAUGGGAGUCAUUCUAUUUUCACUCCCUCUGCCUCUCCGACAAAAUCAAUAUGUCAAGUACCAGCCCUCGUUUUAGAAUCUGGUGUAAAAGUUCUUCAGCAAGUAAGCUCCAGUCAAAUGCUGCCACAGUCACCAUUUUACAACUCGGCUUUUGCCAGGACUGAAAAGGAAACAGUUGAGCAUAAUGUAAGAGAAAGCACUGACGAGUCUAAAGAUUCUCCUCUUCACCAUGCCUCUGCAUCAACCAAAAUGUCACAUUUUGCUCCCAGUCCAGUUGCAGUACUGUUUUCUGCCCCUAUGAGUGGAAGUGUUGUCAAAGAAACUUCCUUGAAAUCGUCUGAAGUAAUAAUGCAGGAAUUAGAUCCAGCAGGCUCAAAUAAUAAUAAUAACAGGAGCAACUGUGCAAUGGAUGUUACUCCUAAGACUGUGUCUUUGACAGAAGGAUGUUCCUAUUUAAGUAACGAAGGACUCAUCAGGCCAAAUAUUGUAAAACUUGCACCAUCCUCUGGUGGACAGCCGGGUUCAACACCCACCUCCCUGAUUAUGGUGAAUUCCUUCACUUCGUUGACUUCUGCCCCAAGAAUGUCCUUCACCGUUGUCCCUUCGCCAUUCCAGCAGCAGCAGCAAAGUCAAGCCCUAUCUGGACAAGCUGUGAUAAAGCAUCCCAAUUUAGCAAGAUCAAUCACCAACAGCAGCUCCGGAGUGUCUCAAGCAACAGUCCCAUCGCAGCUCCAUGCAGGUGACUGUAAGUCAACAGUCAUGUCAACCCAGUUGGCCCCCACCACAUCCGUCUCCUUGACUGUGAGUGCAGAUGUCUGUGUGAACAAGAAUGAACCAUUUGACAGUUGGUCAACAAAAGAGAUGCAGGUGACUACUACACAGCAAGAGAGAACAUCUAACUGCAACUCAGUAAAGAACGAAACAGCAUGUGCCAUUUUGAAGUUGAGUCAAGUGUCACCGUUAACGUCAUGCUCAACCUCCGCGGCGCAGACCACAAAUACUGAGCUGAGCCUAGUCCAGCAAGCCAAUAUUGGCUCUGUGAUGAGUACAGCAACUUUCACUAAUACAUCUGACUCGUGCACAUCUGGCCCCCCAACCCUGAAAGGAGUAUCGAGCUUGCAAUGCUUGCCUACUGUAAGGCCAUCUACCAGUAAAAUGUUGAUUCCAUCCAAGGAUAGUUCAAAGCUGGUUUUAUCAGCUGCAGGGAUUCGUCACUUGCAAGCACUAAUGCGGAGUCGGGGAACCACAGAGGGCUACUUUGUCAUCACGUCUCCCCGUGGUAUCAGACAGCACAGCCCCACAGUUACUGCUGACUGCUCUUCCACAAGCAAUGGAAAAAUGGAUCAAGUGAAGGAAAACUGCUCUUCCCAUACUUCAUGUUCAGAUGGCAGAAAGAGUAAAGUGUGUACUGAAACCCUGGAUGUAUCAAAAAGCUUAGUAUCUAGACCCCAAUCUGUUUCUGGUACUGGUCAAAUAAUACGUUUUGAUUCUAUAAAAAAUGAGUCAAAGUCUCCAGCAGAAGAUAGUGACAAUGAAAGUGUUGUAUCAUCUGGGUCAAGAUCUACUUCGUCUGCACUAGUCAUUGAGACCGGUGAGGACUGUGAUAUGGAUGCCGAGUCAGAUACUGGGCCACUCAGCGAGCUUACAACAUGUACCAGUGUCAAGGAUCCUGUUGCUUUUACCUCUGAGGAGCCUGUGAAUCUGUCGAAGCACUCAGAGGAGGGUUUGAUGCACAACACUGCUUUGACUAAACCAACAGAAGCUUUGUCACUGUCGGACACAGAACAGCAAAUGGAGAUGAACAGAGGGCAAAACAGCUACAGCAGCCAUAGUCCACUGUCUCUGAGUGACCUCGUCCAUCAGCAGCAUGGGAAGGUAGACUGUAGAAUCCAAGAAAGUGUUCAAGACUACAGAAGUCAUCAGUUGCCCCAAAACUGUAGUAAAGAUGUUGUGGAUCUCUUGAAAGACAAGGAAGCGCCAGUUUCCACAGUUGAAAGGACUGACUUUACUUUCCCUGUUCCUGCUUGCCCCACCACCCCAGUCUCCCAUUCACACCAUUCUUCUCUUGAAACGGACUUACAACACAACUUUUCUCACAGCUUGUACACUCCACAGUCUUUGUAUCCAGAGGAGCUGCGGUACGAUGCGCAGCUUCCAAACCCAUCCCACUGUCAACCAAUGGAUUCUCAAUGUUCACUGUCCGGUAGCCACAUGGAGGAACAACAAAUUGUUGUCACCUCUGACAACAGUCCUGGCAAUGUGACUUCUAGUACAGCGGUGGACGUAGUCAGUCCUAAGUCGCCAUUGUUGGUCAGUUCUAGCCAUGCUGCGGAUAACAGCAUCAAUCCCCCAAUGACCCCCAACACAAUGCUGAUCAAUUUGUUGAAUCGGGUCCCCACACCUCUCCUGACAAAUCAUCAAGAUCUUUUAACAGCGCCUACUGCAAAUGCAGAGCAGGAUCAGGAAACGGAAAAUGUUGCGAGUCACCAGAUGAAUAAUCAUAGUGGUGGUCUCUCGUUUUCAGGAAAAAUGCUCCCUGUGGAAAGGGUCAAUGACGGACCAGCCGUUUCUUUGAGCAAUAAUCCUUCCCUGGCGUCCUCAGUAGCAACUUUUCCAGCUCCAAUAAAGGUCUUGUCCUCUGACGCUGCACAUUAUACCCAGACACCUAGUGGUUUAGAUCUCAUUGCCUGCAAUUAUUCUUCUCAUCAUCAACAGAAUAGUUCACUGAAUGAACAGACUUCCUCUAAUGCUUUGAACUUCACCCUCAGCAAUGAAACAUCUGAGGGGAAAACUCUAAGCCCCCCUCAUCAUAAUACAGACUCAACACCCUCAGCCAUGGCCCACAGUGGCUGCUUACAUAGUUACCACUGCAAAACAUGCUCUGUCCCUCUGACAGUCACAGUAAAUCUGGACUCCUCACACACGGAAGAAAUGGUUCCUGAAGAAAGAAAAAUGGCUGGUGAGGUUCAUGCCUCAGUCCUGGCAACAUAUGAGCAUGGGGACCAAAGGAAUGGCCAAGUGCAGCUGGGUGAUCAUGUCCAUGAUGCGUUCCAGGUGAACUCGUGUGUUCCUCCGUCUUCGCACUUGUCGAAAUCUGGAGAUGACAGUGUGGUGUCUGGGCACGUGAACCUGAGCUCAAACAGCUCUGCUUUCCAAACAUUGUCACAAUCUGUGGAUGAGGUAGGACACCAGUCUUUUGACAUUGGGGAUGUGAAUUUUGACCUCUCGACUGGUAAUCACAGACAACCUCAUUUUGACUGCCACAUGGAUCGCCCAUACCUAGAUACCAGUAGCCAUGAGCCACAUCUUCACAAAGACAUAUCGAACAAUAGUACCUCUCAAAGUGAUGUCUACUCUGCUUCACAGGACAAUUUCCUUCAUAUUGAUGCCAUUCAUUCUCAGCAGCCUGGUUACGACAGUUCUGCUACUACAUUUAAAACUGGAGUGUAUAGGACCACGUUUGAGAGCUCUGCUGAUAAUUCUUAUAACCCCGAAAGCAGUUCCAAUUUGGAUGGACAGAUCAAUGCUUCGUAUAUGUUAGAAGGCAUGACAGACAACACAACUUACGGUAUUCAGGACAUGAGUAAGUCCAACAUGUCCAUGACGAAUCCUUUCUUGGAUUCUGAGCGCCUACAGCAUCUUCCAGAGUUCAGGGGAGAAGCACACAAUAAUGCUUUAUACUUUGACCUUCACAACCGCCCAGAGCAGCAGGCCUUGCAGCAUUUUGACCACCCCAGUUCCCAAGGGCAGGCUCAGACACUUGCUGCUUACUCCUUGGACGGAAUGCCAGCCUCUUCAGAAGGUCAAAGCCACCAGACCUACAGUACAGAUCUUGCUCAUGCUCAUCCCAACUCAUCCACUCUGUAUCCCAGUCAAAGUUCAAACCCAGUGGAGUAUAUGGGUGACCAGUACUCUGGUCACUACUACACUGGGGCCAGCCUGGAGUCUGGUGUGGCUGUCUACUCCCAGCAGUGUGCCAUAGCCUCCGAAGCACCGGUGCUGCCCAGUCCAGCCGUCCUGCCGUGUGACAUUCCAUACAGCUCUGCACAGCCUGACCUACACCUGGAGUUUCGAUUCAGUGAGGAUCCUGGUGCAGGAAAACAACCUGUACUUCCCAGUGCUUCCUUCUCUCCUCCCAGCGUGGCUGACCAAGCAGCCUUGCCUGACUCCAGUGAGAUGACCAUGUACAACGGCACUUUCCCUUCUCUCUCUGUGUAUGAGAUGUACGUCAAGGGUGGACAGUCAGAUGGAAAAGUCGGCCCAAGUGAUGGUGCGCUGGAAUCAGGAAGCUUCUGUGUUGAAUGCAACACAACAUACAAAACUCAGUGCAAAUUCCACCCCAGCAACUACACAUACGUCGCUGAUUCUCCCAUACUGUCACAUGCAAGGCUGACCCUGCCCACUUGUCUGAAGCUGAACAUUUCCUCUGUGGUCGGACAUUCAAAUAACACCGGUGUGUUUGCUAAAGAAAAGAUUGGGGUAAGAACGAAAUUCGGCCCGCUGAUUGGCUCGUCAGUCUCAUGCGAUAAACUGGGCAGUACAAGGUGUUUCUCCUUGUGGCAGACAUUUGUUGGCAACAACAUCAAAGUGGUGGACACCAGCGAUGAGAACUCCGCCAACUGGCUCAUGUUUGUCAAGCCAGCGCGCCUCUCUCUGGAGCAGAACCUCAUCGCCUUCCAGCACGGAAACUCUGUGUUUUUUGUCACCAGGCUGGACAUAGAGCCUGGACAAGAACUGCGCUACUGGUUUUCUAAAGACUAUGCCAGAAUGUUAGGUAUCACCGCCAAACCCAGGAAUGCUCGCCACCAGCUUUGUCCCCACUGUACUGUGUGCAACACAGUGUUUGCUGACAGGCAGCAGGUGCGGAGUCACAUGCGAUUGCAGCAUCCGAAACCUAGCAAUAACAAGUGCACCCAUUGCUCUCGGCGUUUCUCCAAGAUAUCCCACCUGAAAGCCCACAUAAACUCUGUGCACUUGAGGGUGAAGAAGUUUGUGUGCCCGACGUGCGGCAAGAGGUUCACAGACAGCAGUAACCUGAGGAAGCAUGUCAAGUCCCACAAUGAAGAGAAACUGUUCAAGUGCCGGCUCUGUGGCAAGGACUUCAGCCAGAAGGCCCAUCUUCAGAUCCACAUGAAUACCCACAUGCCCGUGAAGAAUGAGCAGUGUGGCCGUUGCGGUGAACGAUUCUCACGAGCGUUCAGCAGACGUCAACAUGAGAUGCAGCACACCAAACAGAAUGUAAUCCAGUGUGCUCACUGUGAUAAGACGUUUUACAAGCAGCGAGUCUACAAGGAACAUCUGAAGAUCCACCUGAACGUAAGCAACUACACUUGCGGAGACUGCGGUCGUUCGUUCCGCACCAGGACCAAACUGCGACGGCACGGCCCAUCCUGCAAACAGAGGAAGAGAAGCAGCCUGGCCCCUGUCUUUCUCCCCCCUCCCCCAACUUCACAACCCCAGCAGGCUGCUGCCCCCUCAGACCCUCUUAAUUAUUUACCCAUGGAUUCUUAGAAAUACAGUCAAAAUUGUCAAAGACAGCCAGGAGAAAAGUGGUUGCUGUAGACAGGUGGUCAUCUUGACAGUGUCAUUAAGUAAUUUAGCAUUUUAAAAUACCAGGACGAAAGUAGGAAGUGGUCAUUUGUGCUCGUGAUUGUCUUGAACAGGUGGUUGUUAGAGUAGACUUGACUGUAUUAUCUGCAUGGGGACCCACUAGCACAGGUAGAAUGAGUGCUCUUUCCCGCCCAGGAUAGGAAAAGGCUGAAAGUGUUUGUUUUAUUGUCUAUACUUUUAUGCCAGCAUAUAACAGUGAUGAUGUGAUGAGGUCAUGGUUCUGAUUUCUUGUUUUCUUGUUUUCUUGGGGUUUUUUCUCCAAAACUUCAAGAAUAAAUGACUUAAGGGCUUGUGGAAUGAUUCUUUAGGUAUCUAAGGUGGUAGCAUGGGGACUGCGUGCCUUCUGUUACCUUUUCCUGAAGUAGGCCAAUUUGUCAUCACCCAUGCAUUGUAAUAUUACAUAGGUAAACUAUGUUUUCUCCUGUCAAGCCAUUCACUGACUCUUAGUAGGGUUUCAUUAAUGGCUUUUGAUUGAUGUUAAGACUAAGACUUCCCCAUUAGUAUUGACUAUCUGGCGUGAACUUAAUCAUUUAGUAACUCUUGGAACUUUGAAGUAAAGUUAUCAUUUAUACUCAUGGGUCGUCACCCUCUCUCCCCCCAUCCCCCUUCAAAUGAAAGGCUUUACAAUGAAAUAUCUCCCAUUACAAGUUACUUUAUCCUUGUUGUCGAUCACCUAUUGUCUGGCUGAGUGACAAGUGCCGUUGAGUAGAUUAAUAUACAUAUAUAUCUUUCGUGCUUUUGGUUUUUUUUCCUACAGCUGAGAAUCAAAUCUGCAACCUUUGAAUUGCAUGCCCUUGGUGUUUCUAUCACACACUGACUCCCCAUAAACAUCACUGAUGCCUGUUAUAGGUUUACAGUUUUCCUCUGUUUACUAUUAAUUGUUGACAGGUUGCCCAAUAGAAAUGCAGUCUUGGAUUCUUAUGGCAGUUUAGUGGAAAUAUUUUGGUAUGGCUUGAUAAUCUCUACUUUCUUUGGGGACAGGACUAAAAUACUCUACCUUAAAUACAGUGGAGUCCACUUAUAACGAGUCCUGAAAUAAUGAGAAGUCUGUUAUAAAGACACUAUUCUAAAACCCUCUUUUUUCUCUUCUUUAUCUUUGUAUUAUAAAAUACUGCUAUAGCGCAAUCAGACAAACACGUGAGUUGGUUAUAGCAGAAUAGCGCUGUUGCUGUGCACAGCGCAUAGGCUAUUUAUUCCAUGUUGAACCUCACCUGUUCAAAAACCUCUUGGUGAUCUAGUGAAACAAAGAAUGGGAGAGCCAAUGUGUAUCAACAAUGAAGGCCGGAGCAAAUGAGUGGGGAGGGUGUAU